AUGCACUCUAUCUGCGUAGACGUGCGGUGUGACAAGGGAACCUCUAAGUACCGAGUGCGCGUGAAGGGCGCCAGUGAUUUCGUGGACUGCCCACCCGGAAGCACCCUUGUGCUCUCGAACUACAGUAUAGUGUUCAGGUCUGGCACGAUCGAGUGUGCACCAUACGAGGAGAUGUGCAACACAGGCUAUUACCGCAGCGAAAUUCCUCACAUUCCCGUAUCCGGUACGACUGACAGUGCGCACCACCUGACUCUCAUGCUUAUGGCAGCUCUGGUUGCUUUGGUUGUCUUUGCUGGAUGA